ACUCUCUCUGUCCAGGUCCAAAUCUCCUUAAUUAAAAAAAAAAAAAAAAACAGAAGUCGCUGUCAUGUUUGGGAUUGUAGGGUUUAGCGCCGCCAUGGGAAAACCGCAGAAGCAGCAAGUCACCACCCGUCCAAGGAACACCCCCAGAGAAAUCUCGAAGGAGAUACCAAUUGAUCUCUUGAUUGACGUUUUCUCAAGAUUGUCCAUGCGAGAAGUUGCGAGGUGUCGUUGCGUGUCGAAGCUUUGGUCUUCCAUACUACGUCGUCGAGAUUUCACCCAACUGUUCCUCAAAAUCUCAUCGACUCGGCCUCGUAUACUAUUCACCUUCCUACACAACGGUAGGCGAAUCUUUUACUCCAUACCUCAAGUUCCAGAUCCAGACCGCAACAACUACUCCUUUCCUACACCUUAUUAUUGGGUAUCAUCCUCUCCUAUAUCUGCCUAUUACCAGAUGCAGUUCCCUAAAGAUUUGGGUCCUUCCUACUCGGUUUGUGCCCCUAUACCUGGCUUGAUCUGUUGCAAAUCUAAGAAGCCGAUGCUUUGUAACCCUAGCACCGGAGAGUCAAAGUACAUUUCUUUACCAAGAGCGACAACAAAGAUGCUUACCGUGAACACUUCAUUUGUAUAUGAUCCUAUCGACAAACUAUUCAAGGUAUUGUGCAUGUCUGAUGAUUGUGUGAGUCGAGUUUCAACAUUAGGGACGGAAGAAGCUACCUGGAGAACAGUCGAAUGUUUGAUACCCCAUCUACCUUUACGUAAAGAGAUGUUCAUGGAUGGGGUAUUGUACUAUUUAGCUCUGCGCCUGGACCAUGAAACUUCAACACCUUAUAUGGUAGUAGCCUUUGAUGUUAGAUUGGAGAGAUUCAAGUGUCUACCUGUGAAUCGGAGUUAUAUAAACAUUGCGUGUUCAGCACUCAUAAAGUACCAAGGUAAGUUGGCCGUAGUAUGGCUAGAUGGUAAUGCUAUUCAACAACAUCAACAAUUGGAGCUGUGUGUUCUAAAUGAUGGUGAUGAAGUGGCAUGGUCGGGUAUUAUAUAUGAAUUGCCAUAUUUUUGGUAUAAUCUAGCUGCGGAUACCUACGUAUACAUUGUCGGGACGACUACUGCAGGUGAAAUUGUGAUGGCGACAAGCCAUCCACGGGAACCUUUCUACAUCAUCUACUUCAGUACCGUGACUCAUACUAUGAUAAGAGUUGAAAUCGAAUUCGGAAUUGUAGCUUUGAAGCCUCACUGCUCAAUGAUUUCGACGAUUUUAAACCAUGUAGAGGAUGUCGAGCUUAUGGAUUAGGAUUUUAUAGCAUAUCUAAUGUAGCUUGCCUUGUAAGGUUACAUCCAUCUUGUUCGGUUAUUGUUUGAAUGUUAUAUGUAUCAAUGUUUGUUGUAAGCUAUGUUUUAGCUAUUUGAACUUUUCUUGUUGUAAGCUA